GCCCUUAUGUACUAGAUGUUCCAUAUUUGACACUUCUUUUUAUUUAUUUUGCUUUCAGUUCAAGAUUUAAUAUUCAAAUUUAAGACAAUUCUCUAACAAUUUUUUUAAUUAUUCGAAGCCUUAAUUAAUUAAAAAUCUCUUUAAAACAUUUCCUGUUCUCGAUUCUUAGUUCCACUGUUAUAUAAAGUGGCGAUAUAAAAAUGGUAACAUUUCAUAAACUGUGCCUAAACUUUUGUGUCUUCCUAAUCUGCCAAUGUUUGUGUUCUGCUGCUGUGGUUUCUAAUAAACUCCAUGGGGCCCAUGAACAUUUAACUAAAGAACGUGAGAAGGAUGGACCUUAUUCCCCACAGGAUCAGCAUGUACAUUAUGAUGACUCGGGAGCCCAUCAGAAUCAUUUUGACCACGAAGCUAUACUAGGUAGCAGUAAAGAAGCAGAAGAAUAUGAUACGUUACCCCCUGAAGAAGCCAAAAAGCGCCUGGCCAUUCUUUUAAAAAAAAUGGAUACUUCUCAUGAUGGUUAUAUUGACAGAACAGAGCUGCAAGCAUGGAUUCUAAAAUCAUUUAUGACCCUAGCAGAAGAAGAAGUACAGGAAAGGAUGGAAGAUAUGGAUGAAAACGGUGAUGGAUUAGUUAGUUGGGAAGAGUUUAUCGCUGAUACUUACGGGGUGCUAGAAAAUACACAAAAUUUGCAGUUUAAUGAUGAUAAUUACCAUUUAAUAAAAGAAGAUAGAGAAAUGUGGGAGGCUGCAGAUAAGAAUGGCAAUGAUAUCUUAGAUGAAGAUGAAUUUAAAAGGUUUCAUUCUCCAGAGGACUAUCCGGAAAUGAGGAAUAUUAUUAUUAAUCAAACCCUAAAAAAUAAAGAUACAGAUAAAGAUGGAUCUAUUAGUUUUCAGGAGUUUAUUGGUGAUAAGGGAGCCUUAAUGGACAAAGAGAAUUUGUUGAUAGAACAAAAUAAAUUCGAUCAUGACUUUGACAGGGAUAAUGAUGGAAAAUUGACUGGAGAUGAAAUAUUGUAUUGGAUUGUGCCUAGCAACGAGGAUAUUGCUAAUGAAGAAGUAACUCAUUUGUUCGCAUCCAGCGAUGACGAUCAUGAUGACCUGCUUAGUUUCGAGGAGGUCAUUGAGCAUCAUGACAUAUUCGUUGGCAGUGAGGCUACCGAUUAUGGCGACCACUUGCAUAACAUACAUCAUCUUGAUGAUGAGUUAUGAUUUAAUUUUGUUGGUUUUGCUGUUUUCAGUUAUUUAUUUUUGUUUAAGGGCAUUGAUAAUACUUAACCAGUGCCUAACCUGAUCUGACUACUAUUUUAGACUACUUAAUGUGAUUUGAUUAUUUAUUAUUAGUUGAUAGAUUUUGUGUGC